CUGAGCGCUCACUUGGGGACUCGCGCGCGCGGGUACCGCUCGCUCGCUUCUUUCCAAAGUCCCCGGCUGGUGGGAGUUUCGCCGGAGCCUUCCCGCCGCGCGCCUCAGUCUGGCUGGUCUGCGCCGUGUGCUUCUGCCCGGGCGGUGCUCGUUCCCGGCGCUCGCUCGACUGGGGGCUGUUGGAACUUGGCGGGGCUGGGCCAGCCCGGCCGUGGGAGGUGCGGACGGCGGCGGCGGGGCUGCUGCUCUGAGCGCACAGCGGCCCCUUCUGGCCGCACCGCUGCUCUGCGCCCGCCGCUGCGGGGCGGUGGGGGAAAGGAAUGGGGCGAACCCCUUGGUUUUUCUUGCUUCGCCUCUUUCCCUACUCCAAGGCUAGGCAGAGAUCGCUUUUCUGGCUUUUCUGCCUUGAUGGAUGAUUGA